GUAAAGACCCUCUGUGGUUAACAAACGCAUACGUUGCUUGCUAACCAAACCACCAUGCCAUCAAUCCUGCCGACGCGCUGACAAACAUGCAUUCGCGUCACUUUCAGUCCCCCGCUCAAUCAACACGGGUGUUCACAAGCUUAAGUGGUCGUGAGAGCUUCUCCUGUCCCGACGGGGACGGUUUCUCUGACACACAGGCUGUGUGGGGCAGAGAAGCCAUCACCCUCAGCACCGGAAGAGCCCCGCACGUCGCACAGGAUGAACCCACAAGUAAUGCCCGCCAGGUGCGGCAGAGACUCUCACGUACCACAGGCAGAGAUGGGUACAUGUAUGUGUGUAAAAGCUCGCUUCGGUGCCCUCUCCGUCACCCACCCACAGUGCACUGCCGUGUUCGUCUUAUCCACACACAUCCCAUCGGCGCUGUCCGAGGGGGGUGUGCGUCGUUUGUUAGAGACAGCAAAGGAUGAUGCCGGUAGGGAAAUAAGUAUGGAUCUGCCUGUCUGUCUGCGAAAAUCUUGCCUCGUCUCAAGGAAGAUUGUUGACCCUCUGCUUGGUGUGGUGUUCGUGAGGACACGAUUCACCCGCGUCCUCAUGAAGGAAGGCUCGGCAGAAAGUCGUCAAUCUUCAUUGGAGACGCAGCUUUCCUUGUCUGCACGCACCCCUCCCUCCCUCCCUCAUCUGAUGUAAGUGAACCAAAAAGGUGAUCAGUCGGUCCGUUAUGUAUCCUAGAUAGAUAGAUAGACAGAUACAUUCAUGUGUGUACCCACAUCCCUACCAUGCAGCUCCACACACACAGUGCCGUGCAAGGAAAGGGGCGAGCGGGUGGUCAGCUUCGGCCGUCGGCCGGCCGGUCAAUCAGAGGUCAUCCAUGUCUUUGUCGAAGUCCAUGCCCAUGCCACCCAUGCCACCCAAGCCGCCCAUUCCGCCCAUGCCGCCAAGGCUCGAAGGGUCCAGCCCCGCCGUCUUCUUCUCCUGGGUCUCCGUCUGUGCACAGACACAGACACACAGAGCACAAACAGAACACGACUGUGUUGGCCUGGCUGUGCUGGGAGUGGUGGGUGGGUGGGUGGGUGAUUGACUUACUGACCCAGCACUUGGCGAUCAUGCGCUUCAUGUCGUCAUCACCCUGAACAACAUGGAUGGAUGGAUGUCAGCACACGUCCAUGCAGGCGUGUCUGUGGGUGUGGUGUGUCCACGCACCUCCUGGUAGAGGUCUUUCAUGAGGUUCAUGAUGCUGGCGUUGGGGUCGGCACCCAUGUCCUUGUUCUUGGACAUGCUCGACAACUGCACCACAACACACAACACCACACCACACACACAGAAAGGGACACAGGACGCCAUGUCAUGGGAGGUGAGGUGCCCUGCUGUUCUGUGUAUGUGUGUAUGCGUGUGUGGGUACCUACCUUGUUCUCCUUCCAGUGGAUCUGCUCCCACCAGCCGCUCUCCCUCUGAGCCACACACACAUCACACGACACGCAGAUCAUCGGUUGUGCAGACAGACGGCACGUGCACAUGUGUGCAUGUGUGUGUCCGUGUAGUCACCUUCUUGAGUGUGAUGUGCACGGCGUUCUUCUUGACCUUGUAGGUGCAUUUGCUGACGUUGAUGGGCUUGCUCAGACGACGGACGGUCAGCCGGUGGUUCUUGCCCUUCAGGCCCACGACCUGACACACGACGCACGACGCACGACGCCAAAUGGGUGUGGUGCUUGUCGGGGGGUUCGGUGUGCGCAUGAACGCUUUCCGCGUCACCUCUACCUGUAGGUCGAUGGACUCCUCGUGGAAUGCCAUCCGGACGUUCUCGGAGGGGAUCUCGUGAACGCCUGGGAGAUCUAUGUACAACCUGCACACACACACACACCGGAAACCAGCGUGUUUCGCCUGUCGGGUGCAUGUGCGCCUCUCUGUGUGUCUGUGUCUGUGUGUGUGUCUGUGUGUCUCACUUGACGUCACUGCCGUCCUGGUCCCAGCCAUACGUCUGGAUGCUGCUGAAACGAACCUGACCCUCCACCUGACACACAGACAGCAUGCCGAACCACACACAGAGACGUGAUGAACACAAGAUCACUCUCGCAGCAUUUGUGUGUAGUUGUGCACCUACCUUUGGUGUGUCAGCUGUCGCGUGUGAUGUCUUGCUGUCCGUCGGCACCGGCUGCGGCAUCCGCGACUCGGCCAACCGCUGCAUACACACCAAACACGUCAUCCAGCGUCCUUGGCAGAUAGAUCAUCAUGCCUGCCCACCAGCAUGCGCACCGUACCUUGAUCUGUUCUCCCAGCGACGCUAUUCGCUUGUCGAGGAGGUCCUGCACCGCAGGCCGUGUGGCUGCCUUGCGCAGCUCCCGCAGCUCAUCCAGGUCCAGGCGAAGGGUAUCCUCGGCGGUCUCGUGCUGCUUAUCACUGUGAACACCAUUCGUCGCAACCGAUGACUCCAUGGCUGAGGAGGUAGCGGGAGAUCUGCCUGGG